UUAUAGUUAAGAGUUUGUCACGGCGCACUCGAUCACAAUAUAUAAAUCACUGUGACGGCGUUCGGUCUGAUCUAAUCGCCGUCAUGUCGCCGAACCAUCGCCGCCGCGUCCUCGACGUCCUCGUUCUCUGCAGCGCCGCGAUGGCGUUGACCGCCGGCCGCGCUGCGACCUCGCCGUCUCCUCCUCACUUCCGCGCGGCCAACAUACUGGCCGUGGAAACGGUGCCGGGCCGGAGCCACUGGAAUUUCAUGAGCGCCGUGCUGCGGGCGCUCACCGACCGCGGCCACUCGGUGGUGGCGUUCACCUCUUACCCUUCCCAGCAGUCGCCGACGUCCGGCCACGGCAAUUACACGGAAGUGGACACUUCCGCGGUGUUGCGCCGACACGCCGGCGAACGGGCGUCUCGCGUGCUGUCCGACUACAGCCGGCUGUCGUACAUCGUGCCGUCCGUGGUCCGGUGGAGCAGGGAGUUCUGCGACGCGGUGUACGACAUGGAACAGGUCCGGGCGCUCAUGGUCAACGGCACCGACACGGCGGCCCGGUUCGACCUGCUGGUCACCGAGCCACUGGGCUCCGAGUGCGUGGCCCACCUGGCCGCCGCCGUCGGUCUGCCCAUGGUGUACGUGGUGCCGACGCCCAUGAUCACGUACAUGCAACCGUCCAUCGUCGGCCACUCGGCCAAUCCGGCGUACGUGCCGCACCUGCUCUACGGCUCGGCGGUCCGGGCGUUCCGGCACAGGUUGGCCAACACGGCCGUGUACGCUUACGGCCGGUUGGUCCGGUGGUACGCCGAGCUGACGGCCCGCCGUCGGCCGUACGACGUCGGCGCGCCCGCCAAACCGUCAGUCGUGUUCGUCAACAGCCAUCACGUCACCGAGCCUACGAUGUUACUGCCCCCAAACGUCGUACACGUCGGUGGAAUACACUUGGACCGAGCCAACGGCGCACUGCCGACCAAUAUCCAAGAAUUUAUUGAAAACUCCCCCCAUGGUGUUAUAUAUUUUACCUUCGGAUCAGUCGUAGCCAUGUCAAGUUUACCAGACCAUAUUCAGGAUACAUUUAAAAACGUAUUUCGACAAAUACCUCAAAGAGUUUUGUGGAAAUUCGAAGGUGAAAUGAAAGACAAACCGAAUAAUGUGAUGACAGGCAACUGGUUUCCACAACGUGAUGUUUUGUUACAUCCAAACGUCAAAUUGUUUAUUAGUCAUGGUGGGAUAUCUGGCGUGUACGAAGCAGUGGAUGCGGGCGUUCCAGUUUUGGGCUUUCCGCUUUACUACGAUCAACCGAGAAACUUGCAAAGUCUAGUGGACGCGGGUAUGGCGAUCACAAUGGAAUUGUUGUCGAUCACUGAACAACAAUUUCUACACGGCAUCAAAGAACUUUUACAUAAUAAAAAUUACACAAAAAAUGCUUUAAUCACAGCGGAACGUUUCAAAGAUCGUCCGAUGACGCCUCAAGAGUCGGUCGUUUAUUGGACAGAGUACGUCCUUCGUCACAAAGGUGCACACCACUUAAAAUCCGAAGCCCUAAACCUCACAUGGUAUCAAUACAUGUUAUUGGAUGUGAUUCUUGUCUUUGUCGUGUCGUUCCUGGCCAUAAUGUACUUGAUUUACAAGAUGUUUAAAUAUUUUUAUUCACUUGCCACCAAUUACUUGAUUAGUGUCAAAAUUAAACAACAAUAGGUAAUAACUAAUAAUAUGUAAUUAAUUAGUUACAUUCUUCAGAAAAUUUUAACACAUCUAUUGAAAUUGUAACACCUGUCUUAGAUGACUUAGGUAAUAACUGUAAAAAUCAAUCGUUGAUCUCUGCCUUACACUCACACAUAACGUUUAUUUAUAUUGUAUAAAUUAUGAUAUUAAGUAGACAUAGGUAAAUUUCAAUGAUAUAUUGUGCACUGCAUAACGUAUAGUACAAUUUUUCUAUGCCCUUACUCAUUAGUCAUCACAUUAUUAUAUGAUUUCAAUAUUAUGUCUAGAAAAGGAAUAUAUGGUAAAUAGGUAAAUAUUAUACUAUUCAGGUGGUACGCUGUUAGUAGAUUGAUAGGUAGAAACGUAUAACCAGGUAUCUAAUGAAAAAUCUUAGAUACUUAACAUUUAACAAUAUAAUUUAUUAAUCUAUGCUUAAUCAAAAUCUUCAAGUUUAUGAUUUUAUUACUUUAAAUAUUUGUUAAUCUUCAUUAAAAUUGUAUUAUAUUGUUACAAGUUACAACAUGAACAUUUUAAAUACACCAUAUGGCAUACGGAUAGAUGUUCUAUGUAUUGAAAAUUAUCUUUAUUGCCUACAUUGAUCAUAACUAAUAAAAAAAGUUAAGUUUAAGUAGUUUAAGUAGAAAUAAUCAAUUUAUAAUUAUAAGUUCAUUAGCUUAUAAUCUGUAAAUAUAAUAUAUUUUUAAUUUUUAAUAUCAUUUUAAUACACCUAUUUGUAUAAAAUAUAUGUAAGUACCUUACGUACCUUAGUAAUCUGUUUAAUCAAUUUAUUUUA